AUGAUCAUACUCAUCAUCCUCUCCGCCACGCUGUUCUUCUGCUACAGCGUCGUACGUCUCUGCGUGAUUGUCUCGCGCGGCGACAGGACACGGAGGCGACGGCUGCCGGAGAUGAUGGGGCCGGGGGGCUACGUGGUGCCCCCGAAGCCCAUCCCCGUGGUGCUGGCGCGGGACGAGGAGGCCGCGGGCAUUGAGAGCGAGGCGGCCCAGAGCCGACCGCCGGCGUAUGGCCUAUGGAGAGAAAGCGUGCGCGUCGAUCCCAACCGGCUGUUCUGGCAGCGCAACGAGGCUGCGGAACCCGUGCCGCGGCGUCCAGACACGGCCGCCGGCCCGAGGCCCCCGUCGUAUGCCUCCGACGACGGCAUCUCGUACGUGGUUGAGGCCCGGCCGCGGUCUAUGGCGCCCCCGCCGCAGACGUACACUGUCUCUGGGGCGGGGGUGCCUCCCGUGCCGAGUGCUUGA